CAACUCUCCAGCCCAAUCCAAUCCAAGUAGACUAUCUUCUGCUUCUGCUUCCUGGUGUUUCACUCUUCACUUCCCCAACUCGCCAAUCUCCCAUCCCCAUGUUCCAACCUCGCAGGCAGCCAUGGAAACCAUGAUGUUGGCUGCGUUGCCUCUACUAUUCCUCUCCUCCUGCUUGCCUGCUUUCGUCAUUGCUCAAGGUCCGGCGGAUCCGCGACUAACAGGCACUUGGACGACCAAGUCAAUGAAGGUCUUUACAGGCAGCGCAUUUUACGAUCCAAUAAAAGAUCGAUUGAAGGAGCCGUCGCUUACAGGUAUCUCAUACUCAUUCACCGCAGAUGGGUUCUACGAAGAGGCAUAUUUUCGCGCGGUUUCUAAUCCUACCACACCAGAAUGCCCUUCGGGGAUAAUGCAAUUUCAACACGGAACCUAUAGAGUAGAACCCAAUGGGUCUAUGAUCCUGACCCCGUUUGACUCAGAUGGUCGCCAAUUGAUCUCCAACCGCUGUGCUGGCAAAUAUGCGGAGUAUACGCGAUAUACCCAAAAGGAGGUCUUCCAGAGAUACGAAAUCCUAAUAGAUCCGUAUAAUCGAGUCGAACGCCUUAAUAUGUUCCAAUUUGAUGGCUCCCCUUUGAACCCCAUGUAUCUCGCGUUUCGACAACCGCAGAUGCACCCGACACACACGCUGAAUCCGAUACAUACCACUAAGGGAGCUCCUAGAGCGACAGCGAUCAGCGAACGGAAAGCUAACGCGAAGAAAGCAAAACGCUCUGAAGCAAAAGCAGCAGAAUUUGAGUUCGCCCAAUCGCCGUUAAGCAAGAACUCAUUCGUCAAGAGGAUGAACUACUAUCAUUCGAGAAUGGAAAAGCUGUCGGGCACAGAUAAAUUGUGGUGGAUAGGGUUAAUUAUGACGUCUGUUGGCAGCCUCGCCCUGAUCUAUAGAUGAGGAUGAUUUGCAUACCAUGUUAUACCGUUUUUUCGUGCUGUGCCUCGUUUUCUGUCUUUCAUGUUCCCUUGGGUCUAUAUUGUUUCUUAUAGCGCCUAAUGCCCAUGCUGUGUCUUUGCCCUCCUUGAUUUCUUUCUGCGUCAUUAUUAUGGGUCUGGCUUGCUGAAGGGCCGUCUUGGGUUAUACAAGGCGUUUGUGACUGGUAAAACGGGGCACCAGCUUUGUAUUUCACAUA